CGGGCAGGCACCGCCCCCGGCACCGGCACCGGGAGCGCUGGGACCGACCGCGGGGGGAGGAGUGAGAGGCAGCCGCCGCCGCGCCUGCACCUGCACCUGCCGCCCCGGGCAGAGGCGGGACGGGGGCAGCGACAUCCAUCUCCCUGAGCUCCCUGAGGACGAUGAAGCGCUCAGCAGAUGCAUCCAGGGCCCUGGAAGGCACUGAUGAUAUUGGGUCACAGAUGGACAGAGUGGUAACUGAGGAGCAGUGGCUGCAGAAGUGGGAAACGGGUAACAUUGGGUUUCACAAGGAGCAAGGGCAUCCGCUCCUACAGAAGUAUCUGGAUGUUCUUUUAAGAGGCAGGAGUGGACUGAGGAUAUUUUUCCCACUUUGUGGUAAAGCAGUAGAGAUGAAAUGGCUGGCAGACAUGGGACACAGCGUUGUUGGUGUGGAAGUCAGCGAGCAAGCGCUGAAGGAAUUUUUUUCAGAACACACUCUGCCUUAUUGUGAGGAGCCAGUCCCAGAGAUUUCAGGAGCAAAAAAGUUUCAGUGUACCUCCAGGAACAUUUCUCUGUACUGCUGCAGUAUUUAUGAUUUGUCCAGCUCACUAGUUGGCAAGUUUGAUGGCGUUUGGGACAGAGGAUCUCUAGUAGCUGUGAAUCCAUGCGACAGACAACGCUAUGUCAGUUUGAUGAUCACCCUAAUGGAGAAAAACUCUUCCUAUCUCCUCGUUACUGUUUCAUAUGAUCCAAACAAACACAAAGGCCCACCAUUUUAUGUUCCUGAAUCUGAAAUUAAAAGCUUGUUUGGUGACCACUGUGAAAUUAACUGUCUUCAAAAAGUGGAUGACUUCUCAGAGAGACACAGACAAUGGGGACUAGAUUAUUUUCUGGAGGUGCUAUAUUUACUGAAGUUUGUAGCUUGAUUGAAAUGAAUUAAAGUAACUUACCUCCCAUCUUGCUUUUAUUUUUAU